AAGACGGGUCUCGCGAUAUUUGCAUUAGGGGUCAAAGUUGACAGUGGCCAUGUGUGUAAUGUUGCUUGCCGCAUCCACUAAGGACAGUUAGGUACAGCGACACUUUGGAUCUUAUUUGUAUAUGCUUAUGAAUAUAGGCAUUCAAAUUUGGGGCUUAAAGUCUCAUUAACGUUUUUAGGAGACUGUUUAUUUCGUCAGCAGAAGAUUUAUCCGAAUAUCCUGUUCUGCUCCGCGUUAGCUUCCGCCGCUCAGCUGAAAUGCCAGUCUGCAUCCUUUAGUUGCAUGCAGGCUUAGCGAGACAUGCUGAAAAUCAAACAACUGUUCAGUGCCUUAGCUAAACACAGACUGACGUCAGAGAGAAACGGUGGCCUUUUUGAGUUAUUUUGGAAGAUGAGUGAAACACCCAGAGAUGAGCAGACAGCCAACGUGCUGAAAAGAGCCAAAGAGGAAAAUGAAGAUUCUGCUGAGAAGCUGCAGGCUGAAAAAAAAUUAAAAACAGAGGGCGAACAGGCUGAAGAUGACAAGAAAUAUCCUAAAAAGAAAGUGGCCCUCCUCAUGGCUUACUCUGGAAAGGGAUACUAUGGCAUGCAGAGAAAUCCUGGGACCUCUCAGUUUAGGACAAUUGAAGAUGAGCUGGUCACAGCACUUGUUAAAUCAGGUUGUAUUCCUGAAAACCAUGGCGACGAGAUGAAGAAGAUGUCUUUCCAAAGAUGUGCCAGAACAGAUAAGGGUGUGUCUGCAGCUGGCCAAGUGGUGUCUCUAAAGCUACGGUUGAUCGACGACGUUAUUGAAAAAAUCAAUGAGCAUCUGCCACCACAGAUCCGAGUGCUCGGUCUGAAGCGGGUUACCCAGGGUUUCAAUUCCAAGAACAAAUGUGAUGGUCGUACAUACACCUACAUGCUUCCAACAGUGGCCUUUUCCCCAAAAGACUAUGAUCCUGCCAAUAUAGCAGCCUGGAGCGUGGAGCCAGAGACUCUAAAGAGAGUGAACCGUCUGUUUGCUCUCUACAAAGGCACCCACAACUUCCACAACUUCACCUCUCAGAGGGCUCCGACCGACCCCAGCAACCGCCGCUACAUCAUGGAGAUGUCUUGCGGUGAACCUUUUAUCAGGAGCAACAUUCAGUUUGCAGUGAUCACCGUACGAGGCCAGAGCUUCAUGAUGCACCAAAUCCGGAAGAUGAUCGGCCUGGUGAUUGCCGUGACAAAGGGCUAUGCGGAUGAGGAAGUGAUUGAGCGGAGCUGGGGACUGGAGAAGGUGGAUGUGCCCAAAGCUCCGGGACUGGGGCUGGUCCUGGACAAAGUUCACUUUGACCGGUACAACAAACGAUUCGGAGGAGACGGGCUGCAUGAGCGGCUGGAAUGGGACCGUGAGAACGAGGCGCUCCAGGCCUUCAAGGAGGCUCACAUCUACCCCACCAUUGUUGAAACGGAGUGUCAGGAGGGCUCCAUGGUCAGCUGGAUGGCCACACUUCCUAUCCAUGACUUUAAUGCCACAGCUACUUACAUAGGAGACAAAAAAGACCAGAAACAGGACAAUGCAGAAGUAGGAAAUGACUCAGAUUAGGUCACCCUGCCUGCUGAGAAAGAAGAGGCAUCUUCUCACCAUUACAUUCUCUCUUUUUGUUGGGAAUCAGCUUUCCUUUUUAUAUAUCCUCCAAGACUUUUUGUGGGAUUCAGUUCUCUUCCAAUUAAUUCUCUUAUACAAAUGUUAUUAAACAAACCACAAAAUAAUAAAAGCCUCUUUGUUCUUUGUUGUA